AUGGCCCUCACUCUGACAGGCCUCCCAUACACCAUCUUCACAGACAUCAUCUCCCGCCUCUCCGCCACGGAAGCAAUCCUCUGCCAGCGCAUCUCCCGGGCCUUCCGCGAGGCCCUCACCAGGAACGACCUCUGCAUCAGCCUCAUCCUAACGCACUUCCCGCGCUCGCUGGAGGGCAGGCGGCUCAGGGCGCUUCUCCGGGCCGGCGACCUCGGGGCCCUCGAGCGCGGCGACUGGGCCGCUGUCUUUGCGAGGCUGGCGCGGCGGUACUUUCACCUGGGCAACGCCGUGCCGUGGAAGGUCGUCAAGGUGCCAGUGCUGAAAGAUGACAAGCGGCUGAGGGGAGUGACGCCGUGGAAUCGGUUUCUGAGCCUCAACGGCAAGACGGCGCCGUUCCACUUUUGGGACCCGGUUCCGGGCCCGGGAUCUGGAGACGGGGGUUGA